GGUGUCCCUGCAGAUCGCAACCCCACAUUGCCUUGAUGCAUGGAGUCAAGCACAGCAAGCGUACGCAUGGAUGUGCAUGGGAAGCUCACUAGGACCUGGGAUGCUCGGUAUGGAAUCAAGAACUGUAGAGAUCGAUCAGGCCCGGUCGAAACGCAGGAUCGAUCAACAGAUCAGCAUCGACAUCAAAAGCACCAAUCAUCAAACAAAAGCCCUUUGUUCUACUGGCUACUCGCACUCGCUACCCACCGCGAAGCGCAAACAAAAGCGCUGUGUCACGUAUGAGUACAGUACGACUCGUUUUCCGAUAUGAAGGAGGAGUCCCUUUGUUGCUUUGUUGAACCGUUGAUUCGCUUUCGACACUGGCACACCGGUCGACAGUCCCUAUCAAAUACAAGCCGUACACAUACUCUCCUGACUACGAGCUAUUGUUCGACUCAGCCGACUCAGCCUAGCAUCGUUACGACAUACCGGACCUCUGUUCCCCCAGCUCUAUGCCAGAUCAUGUCGUCAACCUGCCCCAAGCAGGGCAGACCUUGACCACUGCUGCCGAGCAGGUCUACGCCAUCCCCGAGCUCAUGGACAUAAUAUAUGCACUUGUCGAAAAGCAAGGUCAGGGUUCGCAUGGGGACCUCUUCUGGCACGACGAUCAGGCACGGCAGGAAGUUCUUCAAGCACUUAUGUGUCUAGCUCUAUCGCAUAAAGCUGGUUACCGUCGGGUGGCCAAGUUCCUGUAUCGCCAAAUCAGCCUAUCGGCGGUACUGAAAAUGAUCAAAUCGGAACAUGAUCCCGAACGCCUCGAGACCGCCUUCGCCGCGAUCAAGAAACUAUACUUGCGGGAAGCGGAUUUCAAACGGAACUCGAACAGCCAGUGGAAUAUCGGAGAUAGCUGUCAUCUGGCCCGGCUCAAGAACCUACAAUCUAUUCACUGGCUCCCUUGCUGGGAAGUGGAUAUGAUCGAGCGCUUUGGUCCCCAAGUUAUGCAAGUGGAAGAAACGCACAUCAUAGGAGGACGUCAACUUCUCGUGCACGGCUUGCUCCGCUUGUCGGAUGCACGUCCAUGGGAAACGUCCAUCCUGCCGAUUGCUGAUUCCGAGGGUACACUUUGGAGUACCACUUGCCAUGGCGAUUACUUUGACCUUGAUGAUAUGAACGAUUUCGCACCGGAAGGCGCCGAACUGAACAUGGUUUCGCUAUUCCGCUCGGUUCCGACCUCAAGCAGAUAUGCCAACCAUGACAUCAGCGAGGUAUUGCUCGUCCGAGAGGCCAAUCGAAUAUUGAACGGCGGGAAGGGUGGCUCGCUGUUUGCACAAAUCAAGGAGCUCGAUUUCGCUUUCGAUCUGGCCAAACAGGGUUUCGUCCCCGACGAUCUGGCGAAGAUCCUAUCGCUCUGCCCGAACCUGGAAAAGCUUGAGGUCAAGCUCAUCCCGGGCGAAGAUCAGCGAAAUCUUGAGCGGAGGUUGACCGAUCUCACACCCAAGUUGCGGUGGAUCUUUCUCGACGCUGUCGAGCUGACUUGCCUGCCUCAAUUGACGCAUUGUGAAUACGUCGAGCUGGCCAUCAGCGGUGAUCCACGCCCAAGCCUACCACCCGAUGAUAGAUCUAGCUUCAAGACCCGCCGGCAGAAGAGUGUUGGCCAGAUUGAGACGCUUAUCAUCGAUUUCGACGUCCCUCCACUUUACAUCGAUCCAGCUCAGCUUGCCAACUUUACGGUGUCAUGGGCAUCGAAAGACGCAGAGAUCACUGUCCAGGCUGUGCAUGUGUACGUUGACGAGGAUACGCCUGCCUCAAAAUGGAUACGCAAAGUAAACUCGGCGAUCGCAGUCCUGCAGAAGCGAUCUCCCCGAGUCCCGUCGGAUGGUUCUUCACCUAUCAGCGCCGUCGUGGAUCAACAAGCUUCAGGCAGUCCGAUCAGCCCGAACCGGGAGGUCCUAUACGCCCAGGAUUCGUCACUGGAAUAUCGUCAAACCCUGUAAUUGAGCGUUCCCUCUGGAGGAAACUUUCGAUCCCGCCAGCAAGGAACCUCUCGAUCGUUGCCAUCUUCCUGGCUAUCGAGCGCAUAUAGUAGCAACAACAUAUGGAGAUCGACAGUCGUUCAAGUCACAGCCUGUGCCGCGAUUCAACCAGAAGCUUUUUCAACAUCUACGCGGCAUUGUAUGACCUAUCGAUACAGUCGAAGCAAAUCCCAGUACAUGCUAUCCUGUCUAUACUUC